CGUUCCAGUCGAGUGUAACAAACAGCGGAGACGGAGCUGCACGCCGCCCUGGAUCACCACGCACACAUACACACGCGCGCGCGCAGCGCAUACACGCACACAAAGCGGCAACAACAGACCGUAGAAUCACAUACGUUGUUUUUUUUGUAAGUGAGAAAUAACCGAGUUGCAGCGACGGGAGAAGAAGUCACCUAUCUGGAGGCUUUGAGGAAACGACAAAGCGAGUCAUCAUGUGAAAGAACUUAUGUGGGAAACGGACAAAAGGGCUGGAAUACGAGCAGAAUAGAAAGUAAAAGUGAUGUAGAUGUGUCAGUGUGACCGUGUGCUGCUCGUGGAUACAUGAUCACUAAUCACCAUCAGGAGAUGAAGGACAAAUCUGGCGUGAGCGGAAUGUCCGUGGAUGAGAAGCCUGAAGCCCCCAUGUAUGUGUAUGAGUCGACGGUUCAUUGCACCAAUAUCCUCCUCUGCCUCAACGACCAGCGGAAGCAGGAUAUCCUGUGCGAUGUGACUGUCCUGGUUGAGGGAAAGGAGUUCCGCGGGCACCGGGCCGUGCUGGCCGCUUGCAGCGAGUAUUUUCUCCAGGCGCUGGUGGGCCAGGCCGACAAUGGCUUGGUUGUUAGCCUUCCAGAAGAGGUCACUGCCAGGGGAUUCGCCCCAUUGUUGCAGUUUGCCUACACUGCUAAGCUGUUACUCAGCAGAGAAAACAUCCAAGAGGUCAUCCGCUGUGCCGAAUUCCUGCGCAUGCACAACCUCGAGGACUCAUGCUUUCGCUUCCUGGAAGCUCAGCUGCGCAGCGAGGAGGACGGUUUGCUGCUCUGCCACAAGGUGGCGGCAGAGGCGAACAACUCAGAGGAUGAGAGCAUGCAGUCAGAGGUGGAAAGGCCCACCUCCCCCAGGGCGUGGCGGUGUGCUGACACCCUCACCUCCUUUCGACACCCUGAUGAUGAUCGGCUAGCAAUGGAUAUGCCCAGUAACUUCAUGGAUGGCCGGCUGGACUUUGAUCGGCAUGGAGCGUCAGACCUGCCACGAUGCCCCAAGUACAGGAAAUACCAGUGGGCUUGCAACAAGCACAAUAAUGACACCUCCUCACACACCAGUACCUCAGGUUUUCCAAGCACAUUAAAGGAGAGCAGCAUUAGCGGGGCAGUGCCGGGUCAGGGCAGGCUGCCUUUGGCACAGAUCAAAGUUGAACCACAGGCAGAGGAAGAGGCCAUCUCAUUGUGCCUGUCAGGGGAUGAGCAGGACGUCAGGGAUAAGGACAGUGUGACAGCCAUGGAGAUGGAUAACCCCAUAUCUGUGGAAAGAACCAAGAGAACCAAGUCCCCACCCUGCCUCCGAGCCUUCUUCAAGAAAGGGGUGGACCUCCCAAGUCUGCCCACCACAUCACAGCAGCUAUUUGCCAACAGACUUGUCUGCCCCCAGGACAAAGGAAACUCUCAGGGAGAUCAUAAAAAAGACUUCAGCCCUUUCACGGGGGAGUUGGGUCUGUCUGUUACAUCCCCGAAGGACGUGGACGGUUUCCCUGCAGGGUUGUCCCUCAAGUCCGCUUCCUGCGAUGGAGUCUGCAAACAGGAAGUUGAGAUAGACCGCCGUAGUGUCAUAUUUUCCUCAGGGGCCUGCAACCGUCUGGGAACCCCAGCUCAUUCCUACCCUGGUGGGAACUCUUUGGAGAUGGAGCUCACUGAGCAUAUGCCAAAAGGCGUGUGGGCUGGAGCCAGCCAGUCCCUGCCCACCUGCCAGACCUAUUCUCCCAGCACCACCUCCUCAGAUCCCCCAAUCCUGUGCCGCCCACGGCCCAACACCAGCUGCCCAGUGCCAAUAAAAGUGUGCCCACGCUCGCCGCCUUGUGAGACACGCACCAGGACUUCCAGCUCCUGCUCCUCAUACUCCUAUGCAGAGGACGGCAGCGGAGGCUCUCCCUGCAGCCUGCCCCAGUUUGAGUUCUCCUCCUCGCCAUGCUCCAACGUGGCACGUUGCCUCAAUGUGGACCAGCAGGAGCAAAGUGUGGGAGGGGAUGCUCUUUUUAACCAGGUGCGGCCCAAGAUCAAAUGUGAGCAGUCCUACGGCACCAACUCCAGUGACGAAUCAGGCUCCUUCUCAGAGGGAGACAGUGAGUCCUGCCACGUACAGGAGCAAGGGCCAGAGGUGAAGCUGCCUUUCCCUGUAGAUCAAAUCACAAAUCUUCCACGGAACGACUUCCAAAUGUUAGUCAAAAUGCACAAACUGACCUCAGAACAGCUCGAGUUUAUCCACGAUGUGAGGCGGCGGAGUAAGAACCGCAUUGCAGCACAGCGCUGCCGCAAGAGGAAGCUCGACUGCAUCCUGAACCUGGAGUGUGAGAUCAGAAAACUGGUGUGUGAGAAGGAGAAGUUGCUGACAGAGAGGAACCAGCUGAAGGCGUGUAUGGGUGAGCUAUGGGAGAACUUCUCCUGCCUGUCGCAGGAGGUGUGCAGGGACGUCCAGCUGAGCCCCGAGCAGGUCCAGUCUUUACACCACUACUGCCCCGUGCUGCGGCCCACCAACUCCACUGCCAGCAACAAUGCUGACCAAGAGCCCAAGCCUGCCCUCAGCCCCACCACAAACACCACCACCAGCAUCGACCUCACCACCCACUCGGGCUCGGCCACGCCGGAGCCCAGCUUCCACGGGUCGCCCGGCCCCUUGGAGAGCGAGCCCGACUCGGCCGUCAGAAAUGGGGCAGACAGAGAUAUGGAUGGCCAAGACUCCAGUUUGUACACAAAGUCAGGGCUUUCCGUGGAGAAAUCCAACCAGACGGUAACGGUUGAUUUUUGCCAGGAAAUGACUGACAAAUGUACAACUGAUGAGCAGCCAAGGAAGGACUGUACCAAGUAGUGGUGGUUCUCUGUAUUGUUUUUGAUGGGUUUUUUAUUAUUUAAUUUUACUCUUGUGACAAACCCUCUCUCUGGGUUGUUGAGACGGUCAGCCUCCGCCAGUGUUCACUGAAAAACAAGCUUUGUUUGUAUUUAUGUCUUUUGUGCUGUUUUUUAUUUGUUCGUUUUGAACGGUUGACACUAAAGUUGUCUUAACAGCAAUACUGUUCUCCAGGUAUUCUCCUCUUACCAUGACAGAGUGGGAACUUCUCACCAAACCCUUAUAAUGGUGCUAUACUUGCCCCGGCAGCAACCUCUACAGUGGAGACUCUGUUCUUCGUGUGUCACACAUCACAACUCAAAGUUGAACCUCAUUGGACCUAAACAGCAGCUCUCUUUGUCUCUAUGUGUAACAACAGUAACUCCGUUCCUGCCUUUCUCUUUCACAUUUGCUGUUCUCUCUUUCCCACUCUGUCUCUAUCAAUCUUCUCUACCUCUUUCUGUCUCACUGUCUUUCUUUCUCUCUGUCUGUGGUUCUUCUCUCGCUAUAUUUCAGUGGCCCUUUUCGUCACAGCAAUUCAAACUCAGGAAAAAAAUCCUCUGAAUGUUCAAACUAAUUCAUGAAAAAUAAGAAUACAGCUUCUGUACACAAGAAGUUACAAUGCAGUUAGACUGUAAAAUGUUCAUAUGCAAAAAUGUCUUCAAGCAUCUCGCAUUUGUAUUUCUGUACAGGAGUACAGUUUGUACAGGCUGUAACUGAAAAACAUUCCUCCUUUGCCUUCCUCAGCACUGAAUUGAAAGGAAAAAAAGGUUUUUGCAGGCGGUUAAAUGGCUAUUUUUAUUUCCCACUCAUCAGCAAUACCAUUGUAUUUGGAUGUUGUAAUGGUGACUUUCAAUUGUUUGUUUGGCAGAAAUGUAUAUAGUAUGGAGCAUGAUGACUGUAACAGUGAUUUUGUACAGGUAGAGGCUUAGAUGUUUCUUUUUCACCGGGGUUAUAUCAAGCACCUUUUUGCUAAGGGAAAAUCUUUGCUUUGCUGUUUCCUGUCCUGCCUAACAAAUACUCCCCAUCAUGGCGGGUGUUCUUAUACUCAGGAAAACAGCUCGAUACACAUGUAGACACACACAUACAGUACAUACAGACACAUGCGCCAACACACACAAUUUUGAGCCCCAUGCAUGUAUAAAAGUUAGACAUUCAAGACGUGUUUUUUACGCAUGGCUCAGGCCAGCUCCUGUCCACCUUUGACUCCUCUUUAAAUGUGAAAAAAGAGUUCUGCCUUGUGUUUUUGGAGGAAAUCUUAUUUCUUAUCAGUGUUUAAAGAUGCUAUAUGUGAACACUCUUCGCACAUGCUUUGGGUUUCUUCAGGGUCGCCGUUAUAUUCAGAGAGAGCAAAAAGCCAACAUCUAAGUUACAGGUACUAUCAUUUUUUCAAAAUGACCUGAAUAAAAAAACACCUAUUGACAAAAAGGGAAGGCCUUGGUCAGAGCCAUUUAGCACUUCAAUGAGGGUCUUUGUCUUUGUUUCAGACCCCUUAAAAGACUGAGACUGGAGCACUUAAAUUGGCACUUCAGGAGGAAGCAUCUUGUUGAUAUGAAUAGACAGUAGACAAUAUAUAUGAAUAUACAAUUAAAAAUAUCUCUAUGGAGAAAACGUAUCUGAAACCUAUACACAAAAGGAAGCUAAUGUUUUAGUAUAAGAUUGUUCACACCUUACAUUUGUAUUUCUUUAGGAAUUGAAUAAGCUAAUUCAGAAUUCAUUUGACGUGAAAACAGUGCAUGUGUUGUCCAAAUGAUGAAGUAACAAUCAUAUGAGAUAGUAACACGUUUGCCCUAAUUGUGCAUUUGUUUGAACAUCCUACUUUGUUAUGUGCAUGCAUGCUGUCCAUAGCUAUAAGCCUAGUUAGUUUGUCUAGCUUCUGUUUUCCUCAUAAAUUCUCUCUAAAGCAGUCUCCUUUUUUAUUUCUAUGUAUAAAAUAGAAUUAUCUCAACCCUCACUAGAGGCAGGCUUUAUGUACAAGCGGGGCCAUACUCAAACACAAAGGAUGAAUUCAAUUGGAAUGUGAAGCUUUAUUCAUUGCUCUUUAAAGCCCCAGUCUCCCUGGCACUCCCUGUUAGCUUAAUAGAGAGCUGAAGCUAAUGUCACCUCUAGGCUAGCCACUGUUCCACUAGCUUCUGUACCUUAAUGUAAUCUCUCAUUGAGCAUUUCUUCCACGAUUUUUCUGAAAAAGAGAGUAAGGAUAGUAAACUUCAGGAACACAUUUCUAAGACAAAUGAGUAUCUAUGACAGUACUUGCUAUUAAAAAUGCAAACCCUUUGUGAUUUAAAAAAAGCUAAAUAUCAAUGGUUUUGUUAGGAUGCAGAAAACUACAGCUUCUGUAAAGUUUAACCCAAAAUACAUCAUUGUAGUUGUUGGUUUCUCCCCUACCAACAUUGUGAGUUUCAUGCACAACCUGUAAUGAACACCAUUUACUUUGUUAAAAUCACAAAGGGUUUAAAUUCUAGAUAUUCUAAAUAUAAAAUACUGUAGUACAUACUCAUUUAUCUUAGAAUGGAUUGUAAACCUCAUAUAGCCAUUUAUAGCAGGUCAAAUACAGGUGCUACUAGCAAUUAGCCAUACCCUGUGACACCACUUGUGUGUAUUACAUGUGAUAGGCUGAAACACAGUGUUUCAUUACCCUUUAAGAUUAUUUUGAAGCUACAAACUUUUAAUUUAAUUCCUGCAAAAUCUAUGUGUGUAUUUAUUGGCCAAAUAAUAAAUCUGGGAUUUGAAGUCCUCCCCCAACUGAUGUAAAUUUUAGAUGUAGUUUCAAAUAUAAUCUCACAUGUGAGACUGUUUCUAUUCUACAGCUGGACAGAGUAAGUGUAUUUUAUAAACCUGUCUUUAAAUUGUUAAAAGACCCUAAGGUCCCUACUUUGUAGAGUACAUAGACCCACACAUGCACACAUAUACAUAUAUUCAUACAAUACACACACAGUACAUACAUUGUGGCACAGCGGGUGCAGAGCAGUAGUGGUUCAGCCCUUUCUCCUCUUUGUGCUCUUUUCAUUUGUAUGCAUAUUUACUGAAGCAAAAGAGUAUUUACCAAUUUACCAUGUUGAGAUUCUACCAGGUUCAAGCCAGAAAAGUGGAACCACCUAAAUUACAGAAGCUUGUUUUCUGUAAACAUUAUGCAACUCAUUUUCUAUUUGUGUACUUUUUAAUUAGCUUGAUCUUAAAUUAAGGAAGCCCAGUGUUGCAUUGGAGAGUACCAACUCUGUCUUUAUGUUUUUCUGUUUGGAGAAAAUGAAUUCAUGAAGUUUGUGUUGUAUCAAAGCUAUUGUAACAUAGGCCCCUGGUUGUCUCUUCAGAUGUCCUAAUAAUACUACAAUGAUCACAUUCUUGUUUUUGCAUUGGAGAAUUUCUGUUAUACCUAUUGAAUGCUGAUAAUUCAACUUAACAAACCUUUAUAUUCCUAUAGCGUUAAGAUGAAGAGAUGAUACAACAAACAGAGGCCCCUGAAGCACACUCUCCAGGCAGAAAAGCUUUUUGCCCAGACCUUUAAGCCCUUUGAAUCUUGCUGCAUGCAAAAAUAAAAUUCUCACUUACCUCUUGUGGCAUCUAGUCAUGCAGAUAGUUUUGGUUGUGGUUUUGAUAAUUUUGGUUGUAGUUGUUUGUUAUUUUAAAAGUAUUUGUCCAGGGUUUGGGAUAUUUGUCUCUUGAGAUUUCUGCCUACACUCUUAACAAGAAUUUCAUUUGUGGUGCUCUCAUUACUGAAAAAUUACAUGUUGAAAAAUUCAACAUCUCUUUGCAGAGUUACUGUUACUCUGGAUAAUCACAUUGCUAUGAACAGUUUUUUUGUUGGUGUUGGUUUUCUUUUGGUAUGAAAACUUUUACAAUUAAAUCAAAAUUCUAUUCACCUCUGUUCUAUUGGGGUGGUGGCAGAAAUCUCAAACAAUCUCAAAACUUUGGCGAAUAAAAUCAAACCUAUAUGCAUGGCUAGAUACCAGUAGAGGUAAGUGAGAAAAUGUGUUUUUCGUCAUUUGGGUGGACCGACCCUUUAGUGUCUCAGGGUGCCAAGCAUUUAAACCUGCUCUCUAUAUCACUCUAAAGCAGACUUUUUUCUUUCUUUUUUUUACUUGCUUUGUUUGCGAGUCAAAUAAAACGUCCCUUAAAAGUGAUUUGUUAAUAUUACUUAAAGCUGCAUUAAUUGAUUUUUUUGGCCACUUGUGGGGAACAGAAUGAGUUCUAAGCACAACAUAUUAUCACCAUAUAAAGUUUUUAAUGGCUAACAAUUUUGCAAACAGUUGAGAAGACAGUAACAUUAGCAUUAAUUUGGAAUGGUGUUUGUGUUCACUUGAUGAAUGUAAGUCCAAUACUGGUCUCCACUAACUCCUGAGAAAAAUAUCUGGCUCUUUAGCUGCUAAAUGCUCCACUAUGUUCAUCAGCUAGUAGCUGACUUUGUAUAUCUGCCGUUUGGUGGUGGGCUGGUAGCACACAAUAGUUUUUGCUAAAAACAGCUGCCUGCUGCUGCUGAAGAUCAGAAUUUGCUGGUUGUAAAACCAAAACAAUGAGCUAAAAGAGGCUAGAAAACUCUGCAAAGCUGAAGGGAAAUGCAGAGUUGGUGAUUAUUAUCUGCUGGUUCAUCACUACGAGCAACAUCUUUCACAGUUCACAAAGUCAUCUGAUCCAUUGUUCAUAUAAAAAUAUUGAUUAGUGCAGCUUUAAAAUGAUUGUAACAUUAAUAAUUGUAUGCAUAGAAAACACCUUAAAUUAAUUUGAUACUUAGAUAUGAGGAAUACUCCAGGUUACUUUGUGCAGGCCAAACACUUUUUUUCGUUAUGGUCAUUACAGCAGAUUGAUUUAAGUGAACAAUUUUACUGUUGCUGUAACUCUGUAAUUGAUUGCUUAAACUUUUUUGCUGUGUAUUUUUCUUGUUUAGUAUUUUUUUUGUUGCUGCUUCUCUAAAACAAACACUGGCUUUUCAACUCCAACGGUUGCUCUAAAGAAUAUGAACAAAAACAUGCCUUUCUCACAGAUUGCUCAACUUUAUUGAAUCUGGUAUCCUGGUUGAAUGCGCAGGCUGAGUAAAAUAUAAAAAUGGCAAAUGUUUACAAAUAGGUGUCAUGUCUUGUUUGAUCAAUUUAUGCCAUGUAAACAUCGCUCUGUUCAAUUGGACUGGUUCUUGGUGUUGUGUAACAAGACAAAGAAAAGUUUCCUCAUCAUGUCUUUCAUCCAACUUUUGGGAUGGGUCAGCAUUACAUGGAUAUAGGUGCACCUCCGAUAUUUGCCUUAGAACUUGCAGAGGCCAUAGUUCACAUUCGAGUAAAGUGAGUGUAUGCCGGGGCCUGGGCCCCCUUCCCCAAGUCACCAGUGCGGACUUUCUCACACUUAUCUACCUGUGAAAUCCUUCAUACCUCUCAUAACUGGUCAAAGACUGUAUCAGCAAACUGCAUCAGGUGUUUUUUCUACAUGCUUUUUACACAGAUUAUAUGGAUUAUUGUAUUAGUAGAUUUUGGUGCAUCAUUUUUAAUGUAAUAGCUUGUAGUUCAAGUUGUUUUUUUCUUUAAUUUUUCUAGAUGACUGUUUUGUGUUAAUAUUGUCAAUUUGAAAUAGCUGUUAUUUGCUUAUUCUCUACUAAGAGUUCUUAACUUUAUAAUUUUUAAAUGCUACAUGACCCUAAUUAAUUAAAAUGACUUAAUAACCAUUGUAAAUACGGUAUUGUGCAAACCCCAUUUUCAUUCAUUUCAAUUGCUAGUGUUCGAUAAAUGACUUUUUUGUCUAGACACCAUUUCUCUUUAUGAAAUAAAGAAACAUGCAUAUCA